AUGGUGGACCUUUUAUUCAUGGGACAAAGUUUUGCUGCCAUUCAUGUUUUUUCUUCUCUACAACAACCUAAGCUUGACAGAAUUAUUUUGUACUUGGAAUCGCAUCAUGCUCACUCUCUCUCAAACGGACAAGGAUUCAUAUCCUCGACGGACUGCACCGUUGGUCACAAACCAGUUACCAUCAACUAUAUGCGAACGGCUGAAUUAAACACUCUACCGAAUAUUCCGGAAGAAUAUUUUAUAAUAUGCACGCGAAAAAAAGCUAUACUAAUUGGUUUUGUCCUAUGUUUGCUCCUUGGUCUUGCUGUAGGAGUACCUUUCAUAGUGGAAACAGUAAACUUAACAACGACUACAACAACUACGACAAGUACUACUAGCACUACAAGUACUAGUAGUACGACAUCCAGCACUUCGUCAACAUCGACGUCAAUGUAUCCUCUAGUACCGCCUGGGAUGAUCAUGUUAUGGAGCGGAUCUGUCGCAACUGUUCCCUUGGGUUGGGCUGUUUGUGAUGGCACACAAGGUACGCCUGAUUUACGAGAUCGAUUCAUCCUUGGAUCCGGAACUGGCGCUCAAUAUGCACCAACACAAACUGGUGGUUCAUCAAGUCAAACACCGACUGUUACCGUACACGAUACUACACUGAUAGUUGCACAAAUGCCAAGUCAUUCACAUGGUGGUAGCACAGAUAUUGAAGACAUUGGCACAAUAUAUUAUGAUAACAACAGUAAUCCUUGCAGUGCAACUCCGUUGAAUACAAGUCCUCCGCGAUGGAUCAAUACUAAGAAUUUUAAUCAAUGUGGCACUUGUCAACAUCGUCAUACAAUAGCGACAGAUGGUGAUAAUCAACCACAUACACACACAGCUACCAUUACAUCGAUAAAUGUAACACCACCAUUUGUUGCUUUACUUUGUAUUAUGAAAUUGUAA